GUAGUUGUUAGUCGUAGUCGGAGGUCGGAGGUCGGAGUUCGGAGUCUCCCCAUAUUGAUACCAGUCGUCCUCCCUCAUGACUCGUGUCUCGUGUCGUAUGUGACAGCACAUCAUUUUACGCAAGCAGUGUUUGUUGUCACGAAUCUUCUAUUAUUAGUUUCACGUGUUUUUAAACUAGAUCUUCUGGGAAUGAAUACACAUCGUUAAUUCUAACAUUCAAUUACUUUUGUUACUAUUAAUUUUAUAUUAGACAUUUGACAAUGGCGGAGGAAAUAACGCUGAGACUGUUGUCCUUGAAUUGCUGGGGAAUCCCGUAUAUUUCGAAAAAUCGAGCUGAUCGCAUGGAUGCAAUUUGCAAACAUAUUUGCAGUGAUGAAUACGAUAUUGUUUGUUUUCAAGAGAUUUGGCUCAUAAACGAUUACAAAACGAUCAAGGCCAAAACUCAGGAAAAACUGCCACAUUCGCAUUAUUUUUAUAGUGGAGUUCUUGGCUCUGGCAUAUGUAUUUUUUCUCGAUUUCCAAUCCAAGAUGUGAUGUUCCAUAGAUGGUCGCUCAAUGGUUAUGUCCAUAAGAUCCAUCAUGGUGACUGGUUUGGUGGAAAAGGUGUAGGACUCUGUCGAGUUAAAGUCAAUGGUGCCAAUAUAAAUAUUUAUGUAGCUCACCUUCACGCAGAAUAUAAUACAAAAAACGAUGAAUAUCAUGCUCACCGAAUAUUACAAGCAUUCGACAUGGCCCAAUUUAUAAGGAUGACUGAGCGUGGGGCAGAUGCAGUGGUUCUCGGAGGUGAUCUCAAUACAGGUCCGAGCGAUCUUGCAUACAAAAUAAUACGUGGUGUCGCAGGACUGAUGGAUGCUUGCUCAAACGAAUCUGGUGAUUUAGGGACCAGCGAGUGUGCCAAUAACAGCUACACGCCAUCAAGGAUUGCAAGAUUGUGUCCUCAGGGCAAACGAAUAGAUCACAUUCUCUACAUGGGCUCAAAAAACUUUAAGAUCGAAGUUGUAAGCUUCGAAUUGCCAUUGCCAAAACGAGUUCCGGAGAAGGAUUUCAGUUAUUCCGAUCAUGAAGCUGUUGCAGCUCAGUUGAAAUUAAGAAAAGGCGAGUACCAGAUAUCCGACAUCGAUAUUCGAGACUCGUUGAAAGAGGCGUUGAAAGUUUGCGACGAGUCGUUGAGUUGUGUGAGACGACAACGAAUCUGGUAUCUCAUAGCUUGUUUACUGCUAGUCGUUCCCCUUGUUUGGUCGAUGGGCAUAGAAACGAUAACUCGUUCAAUCGGUGUGAGUAUCGGCCUGAAUAUCGUUCGCUUAUUGGGCACAGCGAUACUGUGCUAUGCUCUUUUUAUGAGUACAAUAUGGAACUGCGUGGAGCAAAAUGCUUUGAGAGCCGGUUAUCUUGGUAUGGAAAUUCAUCUCCUACAGCUCAAUAAUAGUUUAAAUAACAAAAAUCAAAAUUUGUAAAUGUGAAGAUGAAUUUUUUUGUAUGUAUCGGCAGCAUUUUACAAUCGACGAGGCUUCUUCAAUCACGGUCAUAUGCUUUGUUUUUAAAAGUUGUACAGUCAUUUUAAUGUUUUUUUUGAAAAAUGUGGGAGGAAUAUUCCUUGCAAUUAAAAUAAUAAUCAAUCUCUGUUGAAAAGACUCGGAGCGUUGAGUGAGUGAAGCAAGCACGCAACUUUCUAAUUCUACUGCAUCUUUACCUUUAAUGGAAGUUUCUUCUUGACACUUGCUGCUGUUGGAAGAACGUUCCGGUGAAACUAUUGCCAUUUUUAGAUUGAUUCGUGCUUGCCAUUUUCUUAUUUUGUCUUUUUUAUAGCUAGCCAAUUUUCCAGAUUCUUGUAAAACCAGUUCUUCUUAGUUAGCUUUACAUUCCGUCAAUUGAAUAGCUUCCCGGAGUGCGAAACUUGCAGAAGUUGUAGUCCAUAGAUAUUUAUAAUUUCCUACAGUGGGAAAAAAUUAAGGGCCAAGACUUUCGGACGACAAGAAGCCGAAAAGGGUUUGCUGGGUUAAUCACUUUUCGGAAAUUGCAUUUACCAUUUGAUAAAAUCCAGAGAUAAAUGAUAUUAGAAACGUACAAUAUUUUCGUAUGCAAAAAAAUAAUGAUAAUAAAAUAGUAACACUUUAUACAUGGACCAAAGGAAAAAAAAUUUUCAACUAGGAUAUUCAUCAAUAAACAACACAUCUCAAUUAAACGUCAGCUAUAUUUCGAUCGUGCUUUGACAACUUUUCAAGUAUAAUAAUAAAAGAAAAAUAAAAUACUUGUACACUGUAUAAAACGUAAAAAAUGCUUGUAAUUCACCAUCCAGCGGGUGAUACAACACCCUUUACAAUGAGAUAUUAAUGCAAAAAUGGGCACGACUCAAAUGAGAACAUGAACUUGAAAUACUUCUUCCCUCGAAUUCUUAUGAGUGAUGAUUCUUCGGAAAAAGCAUUUUUUUCCCCAUUAUUUAUGAUUAUGCGAUGCGAAAUUUUUCUUCCUACCAUUUUCAACAAAAUAGGUCAUUCGAUUGUUCCAUCACGAAAAAGUAUUUCGCUAUUAAGUGGCCAAGAUUGUAUAAUUCGCAUCAUGACACUAUUACUAUUCGUCAUCAUUUCCAUCUAUGCGAAUUUUUAUAUCUACGUAUGAAUUGUAAAAUUACCGGUGUUUUCUCGAACGGUAUUUUACGAAAAAAAUGAAGUAUCAGUAUUGCGCUGCUCACUUAGAUAAUAAUGAAGUGUAAAAUUGAUUGAUCUACGGCUAAACUUUACUGCUAAAAAUGGUCUAAAAACUACUUUUCCUAUCUUGCUGUAAAGUAUGAUCGACGAGAAAAAAAGUGGCGAGGUUGUAAGAAUGUGAUAUGUUUUCGAAGGAUGAAGGCCCACUCUCGGUAAUUUUGCUUAAAAUCCAUAAUACAGUUAUUCGAAUUUUCACAGUUUAUUCACAAAAUUCUCUUCCUCUCUACAAGUCAUUUCUUCCUCUCUAUUUUUAAACUUAUCGAACAUUUUUCUGCCGUUACUGUUAUGAUUUCAUAUCGCCAAAAAUUGUAAAGAUUUUUAACGGAGUUGUGAUAAUAAUUUUUAGAUAAAAACACGAUCAGAUUUCACACGCUUUGAAAGUUUGUUCUUGGCUAUUCCGCUUUUCUUAAAGGUGUUUUUGUAAAUAGAAUAAUUUUAAAACGAUGCGAGUUUUUUAAAAAUAUGGCACACUUGUUUUGGAUUAUAAAAACGGCGGCCCUCGUGACAUUAGCAAUUGUCCCAGAACCAAACAGAGAACACGUUUUUCAACAAAAUCUCGAUAUAAUGAAAAAGAUUAUUGAAAUUUUUUGUUUUUUCUUCUACCGAGAAAAAAAACGUGUCGACGAGUUCUAGCACAAUUGUUAAAAAAUGACGUAUCAGAAAUGUAUAUCAAAUAUACCCUUUAAAAAAGCAUAUUCUUCACAAAACUUUUCCAAAGCUUUCAUAACUGCUUCAUCGUUUUUGGAAAAAUUUUUACAUUUUCAAAAAUCACUCUAUAUUUGUACAAGGUAGCACAAGAAAACUCGAACAGUUUUAGAUUCUAUUCCAAAAAAAAUAUCAAAGAACAAUAAAACAGGAUUUUGGGAUAUAAGACGGAGGAGCCAGCCUGAAAAUUGCAGUUGGAUGCUAGAACGUAAAAAUGAAAAUCACGUUAUAAUUUUUGUAUUGUAAUAUAUAUGUUACAUAUAUAUUCGGCGAAAAAUAAAUGUAUACAUUAUACGAAUAUGCCAAAUACAAACGCUGGUUAUUUAAA